CCAUCAUCCACCAUUACCUGCUCGUUCCCUCUUCUCCUCGCCUGUCUCUCUCCAGUGACAUCGUCGUUGUUACUCUCAUCCCCGCACUUGGCGAGUCGUGGUUGACCGUCUCUCGGUCGGCCGAAAAUCAUUUUCCUCCCGAUCUCCCAGCAAUUGCACUGUGGCAUAUCCAAACUAGGCGGUCAGAUCUCAGCUGCGAACCCCCACCUCCGUCGCCGGUCUUACCCCAACUUUCUUCAUCCCUUAUCCCCUGGAACAAAGUGCUCGUUCCGCGUGCCAAGCACUGUUUAGCAUUGCUCAUCCUCACGUGCUAGCCUCUCCGCCAUGUCUGCGCCCUCAAACUAUCCGGGGUACUAUGUGCCUCCGGGGCAACAGCAGCAAAGCCCUUACCCUUCUACCUCCAUAAGCCGUCGUGCACGCGAGCAGCAAAUGAACCAAGCUGUACCCUCCCCCUCGUCAUCGUCCUCCAUCCCAAUUGACCCUGCCCUGUCGAUGUACCCCUCCCAGUAUUACUCAUACCAGCAAUCCCAGCAGCAUCUACCUGGCACCCAUAUACCAUUACCCGCAAAUCUGUCUUCACCCUCUUCUCAGGCAUCUGAGGCAAUGACGACGCCCCCUAAUGACCAUGCUGCUGUCUCGGGCCCUUCCAGCGUGAACACUAACGGCAAGCGGCCCGCCUCUCCUCGACAGCAAACUGGUGAUGGACGAAAGAAGUCUCGUAAAGACGACGACGGAGAGGAGGGACAGAGUCCGGCUGCUGAGAAAGGUGAUGAAGCUCCCAAGGCGAAGCCUACACGUGGCUCCAGAGCCUGCACGGUCUGUCGACGACUCAAAAUGAAGUGUGUAGGGGCCGAGAACGGGCCGCCAUGUAAGAGGUGUCAGGCUGGGCAUCAUGAAUGUAUAUUUGAGGAGUCAAAUCGGGGAAAGCGCUCAACAAAAAAGCAUGAAAUCCUUACACGCUCCCUGCGGAAGAUGGAGCGUACACUAGACACUAUCUUCCGCUCGCUCGGUGCUCCACCAUCCGAAGGGCCCUCGCGAUCACCCUCGCCGCCCGGCCAACCUCCACCGUCCGGAGAGACACAUCCUCUUCUUGCUACCCCGCCAGGAUCGCCGAAACAGCAUCAUCGCCGCCACUCAGACCAUCCGCCAUCCUCGCCCAAGCUGCCCUCAUUACCAGACGACUCAUUAAAUCCGCUUGGCCUGCUCGCAGAAGCAAGUUUGGCGAAUCGUCGUGCACAGGCUGGAGUCAAAUCGGACUUGGCCUCGACGGCACUGCUGACGCGUACGUCCGAACCGUCGAGGAUGGGCGUUGCGAGCGAUUUGUAUUUCAAGCCUGGACCCAUGAGCAUAUUACCCCUUAGACGAUUGUAUAUUGAGCGACAGAUCCAGCCGGAGAUGUUGAAUUUCGUGAGUACAGAAGAAGUGAUUGCACUGUUCAAGAUAUAUUUCGACCACAUGAACAUUCAUUGCGGCCUCCUCGAUCCCGACUUCCACACCCCCGCAUUGGUCUGCUCGCGCUCUCCAUUCUUGCUCACUACCAUUUGUGCGAUUGCGUCACGAUUCUAUGACGCCCGUGCGGAGCUGUAUCCCAGGCUGACGGAGCUGGCGAAGAAGCUUGCGUUCAAUGUUCCUGCGAAGGGAUACAAGUCCGUCGAAGUCGUCCAGGCAUACCUGCUGAACACGCUGUGGGGCUGUGGUCCCGUGGAGCGGUAUGAGCAGGAUAGGACGUGGAUGCUUCUUGGGAUGGGGAUUCGUAUGGCGCUCGAUUUGAACGUUCAUCGAAGGACAGAGGUUCCGAAUCCGGACUCGGACGAGGGGUUGGCCCGAGAGAGGGAGAUCCACAAUCGGGAACGGACGUGGAUCCUGUGCUUCAUUCUAGAUCGCAGUUUCAGCGCGCAGAUGGGGAAACCCUAUACAAUCAAAGAAGAUUUCAUCAUCCGUAAUGCUCCCCAAUGGUGUCAGUCGCAGGUCGCUAUGCCAUCUGAUGCUCACACUGCGUGUUAUGCGGAUUUGCAACGCAUUCUUACCCGCAGUCUUGACCUCCUCUAUUCUGGCGCAAGCACCUCUUCCGGCCUUCAAGAGGACUGCGACUAUCUUCUGGUCAUCAAGACCAUGGAGACGCAGCUCCUGGCAUGGCAACAUGAGUGGCUACAAAUCAGGAAGAUUGCCAACGCCGAGAAGACCGAGUUUGCGCGGAAGUACUCCGAAUUGAGCUGCAGAUUCUACUACCACUAUGCAAUGCUCACGAUCAACUCGUUCGGGCUGCAAAACGCGCUGCAGCGGUCUCCGAUGGACAUCGGGCACUUCUUCGCGCGCUGUUAUUCGUCUGCGGUCGCGUGCACGACUGCGCUGCGAGACGAGUUCGGACCGCUGGAUUAUUUGAAGUAUGCACCGGACUCGCUGUUUGUGCAGGGCUCAUAUGCCGUGCUGAGCUUGUUGAAGUACCUGCGGCCGGAGUUCAAGGCGUUCCUCGAUCACGAGCAGAAGACGAUCGCGCUUGUCAAAGAUGUUGCGAACGUUUUUGAGGGUGUCGCUGUGGGCCCAUUGCAUACCCCCGCAUUGUACAGCUGCUUCCUCCGCGCUUUGAUUUCGGCCAGGAUCGACCCCAACAUCGCCAGUGCUUCCGCCGCCAUCGCAGCUGCAACUACGAACGGGGUGAAUGGGCAGACUGAGCCUGACGACGACGCAGCGUCGAUGACCAAUGAAGGCGCCCCUUCCGAGACUAGCGUUACACACAGCACCAACCCCGUACCCACCCCCUCGGCUCCUAACGACCCGUUUGCUGAUUUCUUCGCAAACGGUGAGAUGGGCCCUGUCGCGGACAUGUCGACAUUCCCACCUACGAUGGCACCGAAUCCGAACCAGAUUGAUAUGAGCAUGUUGUCCAUGGACAGCAUCCUUAGCGCGGACUUCUGGGACAGCGUCCUUGUGCCGGGCUCGUCGAAUACGUUGGAGGGACUGAGCAAUGGCUUCGUGUACGGAGCCGGCGGUAGUGGGCUGAUCACUCCGCGGUUCUGGAGUUCGCCGCUGCCGUCGAUGCCUGAAUCUCGGAAUGGCGAGGGUCGGCCCGGGGAGUUCAUGCCGGACAAGGCGGACAGUGCGUUUAAUGUGCCUCAGCCACGCAUGCAGACGCGUUCGCCUUCGGAAGUGCACAUCAGCCCAUGAAUGCCGGUGGUGGCACCUUUGCUCGAUUCCCGACCCUACGUUGUGAUUCUAUGUCUGUGGCCCACUGUUGAUAUCAACCGUACGUACGUAUUUGUUCAGAUCGUGUUUCUUCCUUUUCUCCAUUUCCUUUGUUUGUGGUCGCAUCGUAAUAGGGCAAUACCUGUAAAUGUUUAGUGUGCCGAGGACGCGUGUUGGUAGCUUAAGAACUCAGACUGUAAUUGACUUGAUUGUACACACGCGGCUUGCCAUCUCCGACAAGACCGGACAGCGUCUCGUA